AUGUCGCAAGCAGACCUGGCCGCGCGUCUCACUAUGAAUGGUGUUCCCGAUGCCGUGAACGUGGAAGAAUUGCAAGAAGCGGAUAUAAUAAUUAUCGAGGUGGGUGACUUAGCUGCCUCCUAUAAGGAGCAUUUUGAAAGUGUGAACAGAGCUUAUCCGAACGCCAAAGUGGCCCAUCUCGAGCUUGGUGGCCAGUUUCCAUUCCUCAGCAGAGCCGAAGAAUUUGCUGCUUACAUGGAGAUGCACUUUGAAUCCUACCACCAAACUCCGUUCUGUCCCACUGCUAACGACGAAUUUGACGACAACCGCAUCUGA